GGCGAAGAGCUGCGGACGAGCUGCGGAAAACCUGCGGACGACCUGCGGAGGACGGACGACCUGCGGACGAGCUGCGGACGAAGGUAAUCAUGUUGCACCUGUGGAAGAGAUGACUGUGAAGAAUGAAAUUCAGAUCCAAAUUGGAGAAAGACUAGUUGCAAUGAAGAAAAAAGAUCUUACCUUGAUAACUGGAUUUGAGUUUGGCAGGAACAUACCAGCUAUAAGUAAUCGUUGUGAUGGGGAACUGUGGAGAAGGUACUUUAGUGGAAAAAUGAGUCUUGACCGGGGAGACCUACGGCAAGCAUUUGAAUCCAUUAAUUAUAGAAGAGAAGAAAUGCAACCAUUAGAUGCAGUGAAGUUAGGAUUGUUGCACGUUCUUGGUAACUACAUACUAGGGUGUACGAAGAGCGUGGUGAACAGCCAAUUGGAGAUGGAAAACUGGGAUGGGUUAUGGUAUCCAGUCCGCAACAAAAUGAC